UCGCUGCAGACUCGACACAGCUGUGUUGAAUCAUUCCCUCUGAUGAGGACCAAACUAUUCAAAGAAAGUGGGCUGGCUCAGUGGAAACACGUGGGAGAUCUGCUGGAGCUGGAGGUUAAAUGCGCCUUUAGACGCGCCGCGCUCAGAGGUGUUGCUGCUCCGGAGGCGCGCAGCUGAGCGAUGCAGUGGCUGUAAACCGGCCAGGAGAAGACAGAAGCAUGGCUCUGCAGCUCUUAGGAAACGCUGCUGCCAUCGUCGGCGGCCUCGUUACUGGGGUCAUGAACAUCAUCACUGAUCUGUUCCUGACACCGCCUCUCAGAGCCACUUUGCAAUAUCUGGGGGAGGCUGAGCUCAAAACCCUGCAAGGAGAAGAAAAGACUUUUAAAGCCAAAACUCUGUGGGCGAAGUCCGGAGCUGUGGUCAUGGCAGUCCGGCGUCCUGGAUGAUUUUUGUGCAGAGAGGAGGCUGCAGAGCUGUCCUCUCUGAAGCCCCGGCUGGACGAGCUCGGGGUUCCUCUGUACGCUGUGGUGAAGGAGGACGUCGGCACCGAGGUCCAGAACUUCAGGCAGUUCUUCAACGGGGAGAUCUUCUUGGACGAAAAGAGGCGCUUUUAUGGGCCACGUGAACGGAAGAUGGGUCUGCUGGGGUUCCUGCGUGUCGGGGUUUGGCUGAGCGGCCUGAGAGCCUUUAGGGGCGGUUUCGUGGGAAACGUUCUGGGGGAAGGAUUCGUCCUUGGUGGGGUCUUCGUCAUCGGACAAGGAGAGCAGGGAAUACUACUUGAGCACAGGGAGAUGGAGUUUGGGGAUAAAGUCAACACUGUAGAGGUCAUUGAAGCUGUCAGGAGAAUACCGCAGGAGAUGCAGCUUUUAGAGACGAUGUAAAGCUUUGUAGCUGCUGCAGUAACAAUCUGCACCACAGAACGCCUCGAAGCAUGUAAAUGUUUGAAUCGCUGUAUAGAAAAAGAUUGACUGUCAGUUUGAGGUUCGUGUUAGACUUGUGAGUUUCCUGGUCUCUGGGAAGCCAGGACGCACUUUGAGACUGAGUGUUUUUAAUGACGGUUUGUCUUUAAACUCGACAGAAGAAGCAGACCUGAUACCAAACACUCAGUCUCCUGCGUCACUCUGUGAUACCGCUGUGUUGUCUUGGCAGCCGAGAGAGACCUCGUGAACAAUAAAACUUGUCUUUGUGCUCCAA